CUACUCCUAUUGUAUGUGGUGGCUAUCUCUCCCUUCCAAAUGGAUCUAUCUCUGGACCAUAUUAUCCUGGAAACGGUGCCAUUAUACAGUGUAGCUGGGAAAUUCAAGUGAGCCCUGAUAGACAAAUAGUUCUCCAGUUUUCUUAUAUUAGUCUGGACUGCAAUAAAGAAUAUAUUGAGAUCUUCGAUGGGUACCCAUAUGUCUCCACUCCACUUGGAAGAACUUGCUCUGGCAUCUAUCUCAACUAUACCUACAUAUCAACUUCCAACACAAUGACUAUUCUGCUGCACAGAGAUUCAUAUUACUCAGGAAAUGGGUUUUAUGCUUCUUACUAUUCUAUUCCAUUAAGAAUAGAAACAACUACAGAACCACCUCUCAAUGAAUCAACAGCUGCUCUUCCUACAAGUUUAGCACCAGUUCCUGCAAGAACGCUCUCGUGUUCUGGAGAAUACAUGCUUGCACGCAUCAGCAGGGACUAUCUUGGGUUGCUGGGCUACAAUGCAAGCGAAGUAUCCCUGAAUACUUCAGACCCCUUCUGCACACCUCAGAUUACUCAAGACUAUGUGGUCUUCGAGGUACCAUAUAGUGGGUGUGGCACAGUAAGAAAGCAGUCAAAUAAUGACACCAUCACCUAUUCCAACGUAAUCAAGACAUCAGCCUCUGGUUAUAUCAUUACAAGAAGGAAAAACUUCCAAUUUCAUAUUAUGUGUGAAAUGAACGCAAAGACUGUUGUAGAGACGAUGUUUGUUGCCCAAAAUUCCAUUGACAUUACUGAAAGAAAACUUGGCAACUACAGUGUGGCACUUUCAUUCUAUGAAUCAUCAUCCUUCAACGUUUCAGUUCGCAGUUUUCCUUACUUCGUGUACCUCAACCAGGUUCUCUAUCUCCAAGCUACUCUCAACAGUUCUGAUCCGAACUUAGUACUAUUUCUAGACACAUGUGUAGCAUCUCCAUACCCUGGUGACUUCAGAACUCUGACCUACGACUUAAUCAAGAAUGGAUGUGUGCGAGACCCAACCUUCUUAAAUCUGGGUGAACUCGGAUUUAACUCAAGCAACAAUCAAGUUCGUUUCAAGUUCAACUCUUUUAAGUUUCUUUAUGAACAUAAUCAAAUUUAUCUGCAAUGCAAACUAGUAGUAUGUAAGGCAUAUGAUUACUCAUCCCGAUGCUACCAGGGAUGUUUAACUAGAAGGAAGAGGGAUACAGAUGAACUUCAGGAUAAAGUGGAUGUGGUUGUGGGACCAGUCAAACUGCAGAAAGAAACCAUUGAAGACAAAGGACAGGAACUGGCUAAGAGUGUGAAACUAGAAAAGAAAGAAGCUCUCAGCCCACUUACUGUUACAACUGUACUUUUGGCAGCCAUGGUCUUUGUUCUGUCUGGCUUACUUAUAAGCAGCAAACUGAGAAGGAAAAACUAUCACCAAAUCUACUGAUACCAAUGCGUCAGCAAGAUAUACAUUCAGCACUUCCUGCACAAAAACAAAAACUGCAUCUUUAGCAUGUAUUUCUGAAACUUAAAUCCAUAGACAGGCACAUCUAUAGUUGGGCACGUUUACUGGUAGAUUAAAACACAGCCCAGUUCAAUCAAAGUACCAGGAUCAAAUAUGUAUUCUGAUCAAAAUCAUUGCCUAUAUCCAGCUAUUUUGACUUAAUGGCAUUGUGGAAUUGCUCUCAUUCUCCUUUUAAACAUUCCCCCCAUCUUCUAUGGAUAUAGUUAAGUUCCAUUGUACUUCCAAAAACCAUUCUACAUAUACAUAUUAUACAUGCCAACUUCAUAUGUCUGAGAUGCAUCAGGACUAUAUUUCAAAGGAGGAUUUGUUGAGACUCUUCAGUUAAUAUUUAGGAGCUGAAGGGCAAAUUGCUGAAGUUUACUGGAAUCAUUGGAAACCGACAUAGGAAAUGUGCUUCAUAAUACAUAGCUGAACAUGCUCCUGCUAUGUCAUUUUGAAAUGAUAAGUUUGAUGUUCUCUUUUGACUAGUGUGGAAUCUCUGUCACAAAUGUACACAAGCAGUUUGGCUUAUGGCCUGAUUCACCAGCCAGUUCAGUCAGAGAAUUUCAUGUUCAGUUCAAUUUAUCUUACAAUUACCGUAUU